UAAUAAUAUGUGCGGAUCAUAUAAAAGACAUUUUUCUCCGGACGUUAAAACCGAGUCGCGGCCCAAAGCGUCUUCAACCCAAACAUAAGAUAAAUGUAAAAUAAGACUAGACAAUCAGGUAACACUAUGUCUGUGAUGGGAGAACCAAGCUUUGCCAAUUGGGCAGCCCAGCGUGCCACUGGCUUUGGUGGUAAUCUUACUGUCGUAGACCAUGUGCCGCCUGAAAUGCUUCACAUGGUGGACGCCUAUUGGUACCAAUAUGCACCACUCAAUCCAUUGUGGCAUGGCAUUUUGGGCUUCAUGAUCGCAGUAUUGGGCUUCAUCUCCAUCAUUGGUAAUGGCAUGGUGGUGUACAUCUUUACAAGCACCAAAACUCUCAGAACACCAUCGAACCUUCUGGUAAUCAACCUGGCAUUUUCCGACUUCCUAAUGAUGCUCACCAUGUCGCCUCCAAUGGUCAUCAAUUGCUACUACGAAACAUGGGUUCUCGGUCCAUUCUUUUGUGAACUUUACGGCAUGUUCGGUUCACUAUUCGGCUGCGGAUCCAUAUGGACAAUGGUAUUUAUCGCGAUGGAUCGUUACAAUGUAAUCGUAAAAGGACUGAGUGCGACCCCUCUGAAUAAAAAAACCGCCUUUUUAAGAAUCUUCAUUAUUUGGACAAUGUCGGUUGGCUGGACAAUUGCACCGCUUUUUGGCUGGAACAGGUAUGUGCCUGAAGGAAAUAUGACCGCAUGCGGCACUGAUUAUCUCAGCAGGGACAUCGUCAGUAUGAGUUACAUUUACGCUUAUUCAGUAUUUGUUUAUUUCUUGCCUUUGUUGAUGAUCAUUUAUUCUUAUUGGUUCAUUGUUCAGGCUGUUUGUGCCCACGAAAAAAACAUGCGGGAACAAGCGAAAAAGAUGAACGUCGCCUCUUUGAGAUCGGCGGAGGCCAGUCAGACCAGCGCCGAAUGCAAACUGGCCAAAAUCGCCUUGAUGACCAUCUCCUUGUGGUUCAUGGCAUGGACUCCUUACCUGGUCACGAACUGGGCUGGAAUACUGGGAAAUUCAAAAAUUACACCUUUGGCGACAAUUUGGUGUUCGUUGUUCGCCAAAGCUAACGCUGUAUACAAUCCGAUUGUCUAUGGAAUCAGUCAUCCAAAGUACCGUCAAGCUUUACAAAAGAAGUUCCCGUCUUUGGUGUGCAACCCUGCACCUGCUGAUGAUACGACAUCUCAAGUUUCGGCAGUCACCAAUGUGACAGCGGACGACAAAGCGUAAAUUGUCUGUUGAAAUAGAUACGUGCAUUUUUUUAAAAUAAUAAACCCUGCAAAAAGAAUUACAAUUUGUUUAUCAUUGUUUUAGGCUCAUAUUAUUC